CUCUUUUUUGGUUGAGCCAGAGUAGUGGGAAUUGAAGACGUUUAGUGUUAUUAUUACAUGAAAACAAAGGCUUAAGUUAAGUUAAGUUUCUGCAUUCGAGAAGAUUAAUUAUUAUUUUUAUGAAGGAGAACGGUCGGAAAUUAGGGUCGGCGUCCCCGUGCGCCGCCUGCAAGCUCCUCAGGAGGCGGUGCUCUCAAGAAUGCGUCUUCGCCCCUUAUUUUCCCGCCGACGAACCUCAGAAGUUCGCAAGUGUCCACAAGGUCUUCGGAGCAAGCAAUGUCAAUAAAAUGUUACAGGAAUUGCCGGCCCACCAACGAGGAGACGCGGUGAGCUCUAUGGUUUACGAGGCGAACGCGAGGGUGCGUGACCCGGUUUACGGUUGCGUAGGGGCAAUCUCGUCUCUGCAGCACCAAAUCGAUGCUCUUCAGACACAGUUGGCACUGGCACAGGCAGAAGUGGUGCACAUGAGGAUGCGCCAGUUCUCAAUGCCCGCGACUUCUUCGGGGUCGCCUGAAAACGGGUCGCCCCCAUCCAGGCUGACCCCGAUGUCUUCUCAACAAGGGGCAGUGUCACGUUCACUAUUUGGAGGAGGAGGAGUUGAUCAUAUGGCCGUGGACCAGGCCAGUAUGGGGGAGUCUCUUUGGUCCUGCUAAGAAAUAUACAUAUAAAUUAAAUGAAAACAAGAACAAUUAAUUAAUGAUAUUAUAUAUAUAUAUAUGAUAUUAGCUUUUUGAAAAACAGAGCUAGCUAGCUCUCUAGCUCGCAUGCAGUUUGCCCUUUUGUCUUGCCUUCACUUUUCCACCACCAUAUCUAUCAUGGCCUUGCUUUUUUCUUGUCUGCCUCACCGGAUUGGUUGUGCCUUUUUUUUUGAAACUUUUAUAUA